GAGAGAGAGAGAUCACACAAGGGUAGGGGCUGAGAGAGAGGGAGAAAGAGAGAAUCCCAAGCAAGCUCCACACCAGCAGUGCAGAGCCCAAUGCGGGGACUGAACUUAUGAACCGUGAGAUCAGGACCUGAGCCAAAACCAAGAGUCAGACACUUAACUGACUGAGCCACCCAUGUGCCCCAGGAGUGCACUUGUGAUGAGCACUGGGUGAUGUAUGGAAUUGUUGAAUCACUAUAUUGUACACUUGAAACUAAUAUAACACUGAAUGUUAACUACACGGGAAUUAAAAUUAAAACAAAACCACUAUGAAAUACUUUAUUCCCACUAGGAUAGUUAUAAUAGAAAGACAGAUAAUAAGAAAUGUUGGUGGAAAAAUUAUCCCUGCUUGUACACUGCUGGUGGGAAUAGAAGAUGGUGUAGCUGCUGGAAGACACACCAGCAGUUCCUUAAAAGGUUAAACAUAGAGUUAUCAUAUGACCCAGUAGUUCAACUCCCAGGUAUAUAUUCAAGAUAAUUGAAAACAUAUGUCCACACAAAAACAUGUGUACAAAUGUUAUAUAAUAGCAGCAUUAUUCAUAAUAGCAAAAAUUAGAAACAAGCCAAGUGUCCACAAGCUGACUAGUGGUAAACAAAAGUGGCAUGUGCACAAGUGGAGUAUUAUUUAGUCGUAAAGAGGAGUGCAGUACUAACACAACAUGGGUGAACCUUGGUAACAUUGUGCUCAGAGGAAGAAGCCAAAAGAAAGAAGACUGCAUAUUCUAUGACUCCAUUUAUACGAAAUGUCCAAAAUAGGCAAAUCUGCAGGGACAAAAAGUAGAUUAGUGAUUAGUGGUUGCCAGGACCUAGGGAGAGAACAGGCUGGGUAGAAGGUUGCUUUCAGAGUGAGGAAAGUGCCCUGGAGUUAGAUAGUGGCUGGUGAUGGUUACACAAACCUGUGAAUAUGGGAAAACCCACUGGGCUGUGCACUUUAAAUUGGUGAAUUUUAUGGCAUGUGAGUGAUAUCUUGAGGGUAAACUUAGCCAAGUUGUUUUUGAGAAGGUCACGCUGGCUGUGAGGACAGAAGAUCAGAGACUGGGGUGAGAGAUACCUUAACAGUUGGACACGUGAAAAAAGGCUUUGGAGUUUACUCUACCAAAGCCCUGACCUGCACCGUGUCCUAGAAUAGAGUUCACUUUUUCAGUUACAGUGGUGGUAGCAGAGGGUGGAGGCCUUGCACUGCCCAUGGUGCUGACCUGAAAGGCUUUCGUUCUUAUAAACCUCCCUGGGAAUUCAUUUCCUGAAAGGGUUCUUAAUCCUCUUCAUCAUGGUCCUAUGAUCAGCGCCCCCAGAGCGUUGGGUCCCAAGACAGUUUCUCAAUGAUAAUGUGCAUCUGAUGCAACAGUUCACACACUUUUUAAUAACUCCCAUUGCUCUUGCCCUCAACAGCCCCAGCCCAGCUUCACUGCAUGAAUUAAGCCCAAGUUUCAUACCCUGAGGAAUGUCCCUUCCCUUAAUUAGGCCAAUCCUCUGUGUGUUCUUGGUCUGAGAUAGGCCAAGAGAAGAAUGGAGCUGUGGGAGAAGUGUGACCUGGAGGGUGGAGGCUCUAAGUCCCCUUGGCCACUUUGGACUGAAGGUAGGUGAUGGCCCCAGUGUCCUUCCCAUGGACAAGUCAGCACUGAGAAGGCUCCCGCAAAGUCUAUUGUAAGACAAGCAUGGAGUGGAGGGAAAGCGUGGGGCAAGAAUGUUGGGGCAAAGGGAUUUGGGGAACAGUUGAUUUUAUCUGGAACUAUGACUUUGGUCUGUACUAGCUUAUGUGUUGUGUAGAAAUUAGGACAGAGGGUGGGAGGGAGAGCAGAAUAUAGACACAGCUGGUUUCUCCCCCAUCUCCCACACACAUGCUCCAGCCUCUUCCCACACCUAGAAGAAAACACACCAGGUCUUUAUCUCACACUUCCCACCCUCUAAUGUUUCCCUUUAAAUCCCCUCUUCCACCCACUCUGAGUUUCCAUUCCCUCUCUAUUGCUAUAUCUCUAUCCUCCUUUCUCCUAAAUCUUGUGUUAAUAAACCUAUUAAUACUUCCAAGAUGACCCCAGACUAGAUUCACCUCCAUUUUUGGAAUUGCUUUUUCUCCCUCCCCUCCUCUCUUUCAGUCCCGUGUGGAUGGAUUUCCUAAGAGCAAGAUGGAUGGGAAACAAGGUUGAGCAACAACAGAAAAGUGUCUGGGAUCCAUCUCUUUAUUUAUUUAUUUAUUUGUUUGUUUGUUUGUUUAAUUUUAUUUUCCAUCUAAAUCUAUUCUCUUUGCAUGUAAGUGGAAGAAUCAUUUCCAAAGAUUCUUACGAGUUUGUGCUAAGCAUGCUGGCCAUGCUAAGAUGAUGCUUUUUGCUCGGGGCCCAUGCCAGCACUCCGCCCACCAUCAAGCCGCCAAGCAUUCUUUUGGGAACCAUCUAUGAGAAAGGCUAUGUGCACCCUAAGGAACUGUGUAGCACUCGACAUAUCAGACUUGCACUGAAAUUACAAACACAAGCGAGAAAAUAGAACCAUCCUCAUGGAAAAAUACUAGUCCAUGACAAUGUUAUGGAUUGGCUAAUUACUCUUGGGCCUUGAAGGAAAGGUGAGAUUCAGAUAGAUGAAGAUGGGAAGGAAAUCCAGGUGGCGCACUGGCCUGAUGAAAUGCCCUGAUGCCUAAGGAACUGAAGAGGAGAUCAGUUUGGUUGAAGCCAAGGGUUCUCAUCAGGGAGCAAGUAGGAAGAGAAUAGUAGUUAGGAGUGCAGAUUCUGGGACUAAUCAGACCUGGGUCAGAGUCCCAGAGUAGCAGAGCUCUGCUACUCACUCUGUGUGACCUGCUGCAAACUAUUUACCAACUUGAAGCCUUAGUUUACCCAUCUGUAAAGUGGGAUAAUUAAUAGAAUUUAUUGUAUUUUAUAAGCAUGCAAAGAUUAUAUGAGAAUUAAACAGACUAAUGUUUAUGAAAUUCUUAGCAUAGUGCUUAGCACAUAGUAAACACGCAGUAAAUGUCUACUACUACAACGACAACGAUUCCUGCUACGAGUGCAAGAAACGUUUACUACCUCAACUACUGCUAAGUGACAGAUGGGUGUGCAAAGAAAGGCAGGAGCCAGUUUGUGUGGAAGCCCUUGAAAACUCAUGUAAGUGUGAAUUCUUUCUUGUAGGCAAUGAAGAACCAGGGAAAAUUUUUGAAAGUUUGGAUCUAGAGGGAAAAUGUCUUUUAGGAAGUUGACGUUACACAGUGUGUAUUUCUGACUGAUAAAGGGAUAUAAAAGUGCCUUAAUGGGGCAUAAAUCUUAAUAGGGAUAAAGAUAAAAACAAGGAUAAUAAAACUGUGCUGUUGGCAUUUUGGAAUCCAUGAUCAGGUGGGAGGUUUGGGAUUCGGGUAAAGAGUUAGGAGGUCAGGAACUUUCUCAGAGAGGUCAAACCAGGCCAUUUAAACUGCUGCCCACCCAGAUUGACCUUGACACCAUGUGGUAGAGCAAGGACACAAAGCCAGAGACAAAGACAUAUGAUCUUCUGUUGGAGUUGCUCUGACAACACCCCUGGAGUGCCAGCUCCACUUUCGCCUGUCUCGGGGCUUAUCCCUAGUAUGCUGGGAUAAGCCUAUUUUAACUCUGUCUCAUCACAUCAUUUCCCACCAAAAGGCUUACAGGGGUUCUUAGUUAUCCAUGGGGACAUUUUUCAAAUAGUUUUAUGCUGGAAGUUGGUGAAGCCACAGAAUAAACAGAGUGAAUCUUCCUGGAACACAGCUUUUACACAAAUAUUGGGGACAAAUGUGAGUUUUAGAUAAUAUAAACAUGACAGUAUUUUCAAUACUGUAAUACCUCACAGAUAAUUUCAGAGAUAAUUCUGUUUCAUAUUUGCUAGUAGAAAUCUUUUCACACAUAUUCAUUCAAUUCCCUGUGAAAAGUACCUCAGUGCAAUUGCUGCUGUCCUUCCCAUAUAUUUAUUAGGUGGGAACCAGGGAGGAGAAAUCUUGUUCUGUUCUAUUAUCUUCACAGGGUGGGGCCUCAGGGAAAAUUUUCCUGAACGAUUAGAGAAAACAAUUUUAGAAAAUGUAACUCAAGUGAAUGGGUUUUAAUAUUAAAGAACUCAGUUUAUUUUUCAAGUGAAUGUCCUUCUGGAGCUUUCACUUACUGAACUAAAGAAAUUGAUUUCUUCUUUACCUUAUAUUUUCUAUAACACCUUGGCCUUAGCAAUCAAAGUUUACAAGCCACAAUACUUAAAUUUUAAAAAGCCUCUCAAAGAUUGUCUAGAGAUAUGUGUAUAAUAGAAAGUUACAUAAGUGUUAAAAUAUAAAGCUUGAGAGUUCAAGGAAUUUUUGCAUUUGUCCUGGGCUGAUUUGAAUUACCCCCACAGAUGGCCCCAUGGCAACAAAUACCAUUAGAGGAGUUUUUAUAUGGAAAAGUUUGAGAAGUGCCAAUCAUCCCAGCCCAGCUUCAGCCAAGAUCAUCUGCUUGUUUGCUUUACAUUUGUUUCCGAAUUAGGACAUGACAAUCUCUUCUAAUCCACACCUCUCUUCCUUCAGCAGUGAAUCAUGCAGCUCUUCAAAUCCCUGCCAGGAAAAAGCAUCUAUGUGUUUAUCUAAAAUCAUUAGUUUUUAUAUCCUCUCAAGAUUUAUGCAUCCGGGUGGAUGACGUUUGUGGUCACAGGUAUUUGCUGAUAUGUUUAUUCAUUCAUUCAUUGAUUCAUUGUAUUUGGGGAGCCUGUAGUUCACAAGGCAUUGGGCACAUCUGGUGUGAAUCAGACUUGAAACCCAUGGAUGAGGACAGUGAUACAAAGGGGAAAAGAUCCAUAAAUGUCUGUAAUACAUUGUAGGGUGUGGUUAGGGAGAUAAGUCUGUGAGAGCCUUGAAAAUGUAUUUAUUUCCAUGGAAGGCUCCCCUAAACUCCAUCUUGAAAUAUAUUCAACAGUGACUUUGAUCAACCAAUUCCUGACUCUCCAAAGGAAAACAAUGGAAUUUUCAUAAUUUUUGUUUUGCACAGUUUUCCCUUAGGCAUGUGGGGAAGAGCCCAUGGAAGCACAGAAUAUCACAAGGGUGUCAGAGUUUAUCCUCUUAGGAUUCUCACAGACCCGGGACCUUGAGAAAUUCCUGUUCCUGGUGUUCCUAUUUGUCUAUGUCACCACCGUUGUAGGAAACCUCCUUAUCAUGGUCACAGUGACUUUUGACUGCCGGCUCCACAUGCCCAUGUAUUUUCUGCUCCGAAACCUGGCUGUCAUAGACCUCUGUUAUUCCACUGUCACUUCUCCAAAGAUGCUGGUGGACUUCCUUCAUGAGGUCAAGACCAUCUCCUACCAGGGCUGCAUGACUCAGAUCUUCUUCUUUCACCUCUUGGGAGGUGGGACUGUCUUCUUUCUCUCAGUGAUGGCUUAUGACCGCUACAUAGCCAUCUCCCGGCCCCUCCACUAUGUCACCAUCAUGAACACUCAGCUCUGUGUGGGGCUAGUGGUGGCUGCUUGGUUAGGGGGAUUUGUUCACUCCAUUGUCCAGCUGGCUUUGAUGCUCCCCUUGCCUUUUUGUGGUCCCAGUGUUCUGGAUAACUUCUACUGUGACAUCCCACAAGUGCUGAGACUUGCCUGCACUGACACCUCCGUCCUGGAGUUCCUCAUGAUCUCCAACAGUGGAAUGCUGGUCCUCAUCUGGUUCCUUCUCCUUCUGAUUUCUUACACAGUCAUCCUGGUGAUGUUGAGGUCCCAUUCAGAGCAGGCGAGGAAGAAGGCAGCUUCUACCUGCACCACCCACAUCAUUGUGGUGUCUAUGAUCUUCAUUCCCUGUAUCUAUAUCUAUGCCCGGCCCUUCACCCCCUUCCCCAUGGACAAGGCUGUGUCCAUCAGCUACACGGUCAUGACCCCCAUGCUCAAUCCCAUGAUCUAUACUCUGAGGAACCAGGAGAUGCAGGCAGCCAUGAAGAGAUUAGGCAAGCGUCUAGUGAUAUGUAACAGGGAGUGAACUUAAAAUAUCUUGACUCAGGGGUGUCUGGGUGGCUCAGUUGGUUGAGUGUCCAACUCUCAGUUUUGGCUCAGGUCAUGAUCCCAGGGUCGUGGGCCUCUGCCCUUCCCCCCUCAAAUAAAAAAAUUAAAAAUUUUAAAUAUCUUCACUUUAAAAUGACAAGUCUUCCCUCUGAACUUCUGUUUUCCCAUGUGAAAAGUGGAGGAAAGUCUUUAUAGAGUAUGACAUUUGAGAUGAAAUCAAUAUUUCUAUGGACCCACACCUGUGUCAGGUUACUGUAUUGGGCACUUUCUCGCUUCUAUCUCAUUCUCAUAAAACUGAUAGUGGAUAUGUUAUUAUUAUUAUUGUUGUAUUAAAUGCUUUAACAAAUGAGAGAACUCAGAGAGAAGUGACUUGCUCAACGAUGAAUAGCGAGUGGCAGAGCCAGGCCGGGACUUGGUUCCUCUGACUCCAAGUUUAGAGGUAGGGCUAUGGGUGGGAUUUGAAACUCAGGACCUCUUACAAACACAAGGGAAAACCUAAAGAGUUCCUCGGCUAUGGAUGAAUAUCUGUGAUAAAUGGUGAAAAAUUUCAUCUUAACCCUGGAACAAUAACACUCUUUUCGGUUCCCUGCUUUUAAUCUUCUUUCUUUAUCUUUGGAGUUCUGUAACUUUACUCAGCUAUGUCUUUGCAUUCAUUGAUGGUUGUCAAUUGUCCUGUGGCCUUUCAAUCUAUUGAUUCCAUUUAUAAAUGAUCAGAAGUCACUUACUGGUUUUAUUUUUUAAAAAGUGAUCUUGAGUCACUUUUUUAAUUUAUGAAAAUUUUACUUUUAUGUGAUCCAGAACAUCAAUUCUAAGGAUGGUAGGAAGCAUAGAAAUUCUAAUUAUAAUCUGUAACAUUGACCUAAAGGAAAGAAAUGGGGAGAAUUUCCUCAGAUUUAUCUUACAGGUGAUCAUUUCACAACACAAGAUACUCAAUUCUGAACUGACUUGUGGAGACAUAUCCCCUUUUGAUGAACAUAGCUAUCUCCAUGAGAAUUUAAGACAUCUCUUACUGAAGUUAUACUAUGUUUAUGAUAUAAAUGUGACUCAGAUAUAAACUAACACUAAAUGGUUAGGUGCAAUGUCUCUCACUAUAAAGAAUGUAGAGGAAAAAAAUAUAAAAUACGUUGUUCAUAACGGCUUAAAUUUAAAAAGAGCUCUGGGAAUUCUGGUUAACAGAAACUUUCUUUUUUGUAAAUUUUUUUUAAACGUUCAUUUAUUUUUGAGAGACAGAGUGAGAGCAAGGGAGGGUCAGAGAGAGAGAGGGAGACACAGAAUUUGAAGCAGGCUCCAGGCUCUGGGCUAUCAGCCCAGAGUCCGAUGUGGGGCUCAAACCCAUGAACUGUGAGAUCACGACCUGAGCUGAAGUCAGACGCUUAACCAACUGAGCCACCCAGGUGCCCCCAGAAAUUUUCUAGUAAGACAGAGGGCUUUUUAAUAAUUUUAUCAUGUGGAGAAUUGGAAUAUUUACAUAUAUGCAUACUUUCAUAAAAUACAAAUGUUUUAGAGAAGAGUUAAUUCCCCAUUUCAGAUAUUAGGUACUAUAGGCACCGAACAGUGGUUCGGAUAUUUUUUUGUGGGUUGCCUGGCCAGUUCAGUAGGUAGAGCGUGCAACUCUUGAUCUCAGGAUCUCUUGAGCCCCACAUUGGAUGUAAAGGUUACUUAAAAUUUUUUUAAUGGCUUUAAUUAAAACUUUCCCCAUGUUCUGAUGCUGUCUUAAGUUGUAUAGUGAGACAAUAACAGGAUUUGAAGCCAUGGCAUUCCAUCCAGGCUUUAACUCCUGCUGGCUGUGCUCCUUUUGGACAUCAUUGAAUCUGUACUUCUUUAGCUAUAAAAUUUAGCUGUAUUUCCUCACAAUGUUGUGUGGGUCAGUGAGGUAAACGUAAAAUUCCAAUACAGUACUUGGUAUAUAGUAGGCAUUUAAUUAAUAUUAGUUCCUCCACACAUUCCUAUUUAAAAUUAUUUUUUUUUACUUUCCAUCAAUACUUUUUAUUAAAUUUCAAUUUCAGUAUAGUUAAUAUAGAGUGUUUAGUUAGUUUCAAGUAUACAAUACAGUGAUUCAACAAUUCUAGACGUUACUCAGUAAGUGUGCUUAAUCCCCUUCACCUAUUUUACCUAUUCCUGCACUGACCUCCCCUCUGGUAACCAUCAGUUUGUUCUCUAGAGUUAAGAGUCUGUUUUUUGGUUUGUUUCUUUUUUUUUUCCUUUGUUACUUUGUUUUGUUUCUUAAAUUCCACAUAUGAGUGAAAUCAUAUGAUAUGUGUCUUUCUCUGACUGACUUAUAUUGCUUAGCAUUAUACUAUCUCCAUCCAUGUUGCUGCAAAUUGCAAGAUUUAAUUUUUUUAUGGAUGAAAAAUAUUCAUAUA